AUGUCACAACCCACACACCAAACAGGGUUUGGUUUCGCCAGAGGCGAGAAGAAAAUCCACCGUUAUGACAACUUGGUCGUUAAACAGCCGAAGCCGAUGCAGGUACUUCUUAAGGUUGAAGCAGCAGGACUUUGCUCAUCGGACCUCCACAUGCUUUGGGGUCAGGACAAGAGAAUUCCCGACAAGUUUAUUAUGGGACACGAAAUUGCUGGGCAGAUUGUGUCCGUAGGUUCAGCCUUGGUGAACCACCCACUCUAUAAGGUAGGUGGUAGAUUUGCUGUGACGAUUGCAGAUUCGUGUGGGUCAUGUAAGGGAUGUCGUCUGGGAAAUGACAAUAUGUGUUCCGGUAAAAUGGGCAGUGCCUAUGGAUUGUCGCAAGAUGGAGGAUUCCAACAGUAUCUUAUAGUGUCUAACUUGAGGACAUUGUUACCCAUUCCUAAGAAGGUGUCAUAUGUCGAGGCCGCAGUUGCUUCCGAUGCCGUUUUGACCCCAUACGCUGCCAUUCAAAAGGCCAAGCCAUUUUUAAAUCCAGGCGAUAGAGUCUUAUUAUUCGGCUUGGGUGGUUUAGGUGCCAAUGCCUUACAAAUAUUGAAAUCUUACGGUCUCUAUGUUGUUGCUUGUGACUUGAAACCUGAAGCAAAGGAGCUCGCUCAAAAGUUCGGCGCUGAUGAGUUCUACAACGAUAUUAACACAUCAAAGCAUAGACCAGAAACCUUUCAGGCAUGCUUUGACUUCGUCGGUUUCCAACCAACGUUUGAUGGGUGUCAGAAGUAUGUCAGUGAAAAGGGUGUUAUUGUUAUAGUUGGAUUAGGUAGAGCAAGGUUGCAAAUGAAAAAUUAUGAGCUAGCAAGAAGAGAAGUCAAGGUAUUCUUUUCAUUCGGUGGUACCUCACAGCAGCAGAUCGAGUGUAUGCAAUGGGUGGCAGAGGGUAAAGUUAAGCCUGUUGCAAACAUUGUGCCUAUUAAAGAAUUGCCUGCAUACUUUGACAAGUUAGAGAAGGGACAAAUUCAAGGUAGAAUUGUAUUUGACCCAGCAAAGUUGUAG